AUGGAAGAAGGUGAUGAUGUUCUCCGACACAUCAACAAGAUCAAGACUCUAGCGGAACAGCUCAACGCUGUGGGUGCUCCGGUUAGCGAGGACGACUUAGUGAUCACGCUUCUUGGGAGUCUUGGCAACACGUACCAGUUUUUGAUCAUGGCGUUGGAGUCACGUGCGGACACGCUAACGUGGGAGCUGCUGACGUCUCGACUACUGCACGAAGACAUGAAGCGCAAGGAACAAGGUAGCAGGUUCGACAACGCCGCACAAGGUCAAGCGUUCAUGGCAAACGACAGCGGCCGACGCAAAGGACGGCAGGUGCCAAAGACUGGUGGGGUCUGCCACUACUGUGGGGAGCACGGACAUUGGAUUGCCAAGUGUCCGGUGCGUAUCCGUGGGAAUACGGAGCGGCAAAGGCCGCAGCGAGCGAACAUCGCGCAGGUCGAAGAUGACACUGGCGAGUUCCUGUUUUUGGUUGAGACAGCGUUGAAUGAGCGCUUUGAGAUGUCCGACCUUGGUGAGCUCAAGUAUUGUCUUGGUAUGGAAGUCGAGCAUGAUGACAAGUCGGGUGACGUGUCAAUGCGGCAGACCAAGUUCCUGAAGUCCAUAAUGACCAAGUUUGGCAUGCAAGACUGCAGCCCGUGA